AGCUCAGAGAAGACACCGGAAUCAACCAAAGAGACAGCAUGGUGAAGUUUGCACCCUUGUCCGUGCCAUGGGAGCGCAGGAUGCAAACCUUUGUGGUCCUGCAGUGGGUUUUCUCCUUUCUGGCUCUGGCCCAGAUCUGCAUUGUGGUCUUCAUAGGUCUCCUGUUCACAAGAUUCUGGAUCUUCAGUAUCCUGUAUGCAACCUGGUGGUACCUGGACCGAGACAAGCCACGGCAGGGGGGCAGGCGCAUUGAGGCCUCAAGGCGCUGGGUCAUAUGGAAGUACAUGAAGGACUAUUUCCCCGUCUCGCUGGUCAAGACCGUGGAGCUGGACCCCUCCCGGAACUACCUCGCUGGCUUCCACCCCCAUGGGGUCCUGGCGGCCGGAGCUUUUACCAACCUGUGCACCGAGAGCACCGGCUUUUCUUCACUGUUCCCCGGCAUCCGCCCACAUCUGAUGAUGCUGAACUUGUGGUUCUGGGCCCCUUUCUUCAGGGAUUACAUCAUGUCAGGGGGGCUGGUCUCAGCAGACAAGGAGAGCGCCACUCACAUUCUCAACAGGAAGGGAGGUGGCAGCCUGCUGGCCAUCAUUGUCGGGGGCGCCCAGGAGGCACUGGACGCCAGGCCUGGAGCCUACAGGCUGUUGCUGCGGAACCGCAAGGGCUUCGUCAGGCUCGCCCUGAUGCACGGGGCAGCUCUGGUGCCGAUCUUCUCCUUUGGGGAGAAUGACCUAUUUGACCAGGUUGACAACUCUCCUGGCUCCUGGUUGCGCCGGACCCAGAACCGACUGCAGAAGAUCAUGCGAGUCUCCCUCCCACUCUUCCAUGGCCGUGGUGUCUUCCAGUACAGCUUUGGUCUUAUGCCCUACCGCCAGCCCAUCACCACCGUGGUGGGGGCGCCCAUCGAGGUGCAGAAGACACCGUGUCCCUCUCAGGAAGAGGUGGACAACCUGCACCAGCGCUACAUGAAGGAGCUAAGCAACCUCUUCGAAGCCCACAAGCUCAAGUACAACGUCCCCAGUGACCAACACUUGGAAUUCUGCUAG